AUGUCCAUCACCCGAUACGCACGGAUUCCCUCGAUUUUGGACAGAGGCUUUGGACGAGCUAUAUCAAGGAGUUAUGCGACAGUAACCGAGUUACCGCGACCCCCUCCUCCUACCGAAGAACCUCAUGUCGAGACAUUCUCUGCACCUUCGAAACCAAGGCUAUAUUAUGCUAGACCUCCUCUCAAGUCUGACCUUCCUCGUGUUCAGAAACGUUGGCCGUUCAUUCUCGCAUUUGCCACCGUCGGAGUGUCCGCUUGGGCUGCAUUUCUGCUCUUCGCGACGAACCAAGAGAAGUUAUCGAGCUCCGUUGUAAAGCGAAUAAUGCAGACGGUUAAGGAGAAUGAAGAACUGAAGGAGAUGCUGGGAGAUGCGAUCCGGUUUGAACCUGCCUGGUACUUGAAUGGCGACCCUUGGAUAAAUGGCUCGAUCAACCUCCCACAAGGCAAUGUGGACCUAAGUUUCCGUCUAAAGGGCCACCUGGGCUCCGGCACUCUUUAUUUCACUAGUAUUCGGAAGGCCAAAGGACAGCCGUUCACUCCACUGAGGUUCCGCGUCAUCGGGGAUGAUAAGAGGGUCGUGAAUUUAUCGCCCCAGACUUCAAAUUCGUCGGCAGUGAGCGCUGAGCGCUCGUAA